UAGUACAUCAUGCUGCAUGGAGUGGUAACUUUGAUUUAGUUAAGUAUCUUAUUACUGAACAAGGUUUGUCUCCUAAUGCAGUUACUAAGAAUGGCCUCACUGCUUUACAUUAUGCCUCAUGGUCUCUUAACUUAUCUCUUGUUAAAGAAUUAAUAACUACCUAUCAGUUAGAUCCUCAUCAAUCUGACAGUAAUGAUAAGCUACCAAUUCAUUAUGCUGCUGAAUCUGGUGAUAUUUUACUACUGGAAUUAUAUGUGAAGAAAUACAAGUGUAGUCUGAGCCUAACAGACAGCAAAGGUUGGAAUGUUUUUCAUUUUUCAUCUUUAAAAGGUCACACUCACUUUAUCAAGCAUAUCACCAGUCAGUAUCCUCAAUACAUUAGUUUAUUACACUCUACUGACAAUGAGGGUUGGGUGCCAUUGCAUUUAGCCUGUGAGAGUGGUAAUAUUCAAUUGGUCACAUUUCUAAUAAAUGAUAUGAAAUGUGAUGUCAAUGCUAAGGAUACACAUAAUCAAACAUGUGUCACAUUUGCCUGUUUCUCAGGUAAUCUUGAUGUAGUACAAUUACUAACACAACAGUGUAAGCUUGAACCUAUCAAUAUUGAUAAAUAUAGCACGACAGCAUUACAUGCAGCAGCAGAGACUGGUCAUACUCAUAUACUGGAAUGGUACAGUCAGGAGUAUAGUGUGGAUAUUACUAAUCACACUAGCAAUAACAAGUACACACUAGCUCAUUCAGCUGCUUAUAAUGGUAACCUACAUUGUCUACAGGAACUAAUUAACAAGUAUCAGUGUGAUGUUAAUGCCACUACUACUACUGGUAGUACAGUUCUUCAUAAAGCAUGUGAAGGAGGUCAUGUUCCUGUGGUACUUUAUCUUACUAGUCUUCAUCAGUGUAAUGUAGCAGCUAAGACUUCUAAUGGAUCAACAGUUCUUCACAUUACCUGUCAGUACAGUGGCUCUCUUCCUAUACUCAAACAUUUGGUAGAGAAUCAUCAGUUAGAUCUGUUUGCUGACAAUGAUGAUGGAAUGGCUCCCAUUCACUUAGCGUGUAGUAAUGGAAGAUUGAACUUAAUCCAGUACAUUAUAGAACACAUACCAUCAUCACUUGAACUACCUGACAGUAAAGAUGGUCGUACUCCAUUCCUUAUUGCAGUGUACUUCAAUCAGUUAGAAGUUAUUAAAUAUCUUAAUAGUAAGAAGUGUAAUCUAUCAGCUACUGAUGGUAAAGGGUCUGGAGCAGUUCACAUAUCAGUAGAGAGGGGUCACUUGAAUGUAUUGAAGUAUCUCAUUGAUAAUAAUUAUUGUAAUCCUAAUACAAUCAGUCAUCAAGACUGUACACCACUACAUGUUGCUGUAGCAGCUAAUAAAGAUGAAAUAUUACAAUAUUUACUGAGUAAGAGUAUACCCUCAAUGAGUAUUGUCUGGCUACGUGAGAUAAAGUGUUUAUUAGACAGUCCUCAUGACAUAUACAAUAAUCCACAUAAUGCUGUACUUAUUAAUGUACAAGAUAAAGAUGGUAAUACACCAUUACAUGUAGCCUGUCAACAUGGACGACAGAAUAUGGUAUUACUGUUACUAAAAGCCAGUCUGUCUAACAAUGACUUAUUGAUUACUAACAAGAAAGGACAGACACCAUUACACUUGGCAGCUGCCUCUGGUCAUAAGGAUACUGCUGAAGCUUUACUGUUCUCAGUCACUGGUAGUUCUACUCAUCAUAAUCUCCUUACAGCUACUGAUAAUGAAGGAUCCACUGUAUUUCAUACAGCUUGCAGUCAUGGCCAUAUUGAUGUUUUUCUUUACUUGUAUAGUAUUCAUCCUGAUGGCAUUAAUACUUUGGAUAAUAGAAAAUGCACUAUACUUCAUGCAGCAUGUGAGGGUGGGAAUAUGGAAUUGGUACAACUUGUAAUUGACAACUGUGGACUAUACCUCGAAGCA